UUUGGUCGUCAUAUUAUAUGCUUCGUGAAAUCAUAACACCCUAUAUUUAAAAGAUCAUUUCAGGUUUCUCCAUUUAAAGAAAAGUUGAAGAUACGCUGAACCAGUUGGAACGAAAUAAUCGGUUCACAAUAGACUUUACAUGUGAAAUUUGGAGCGAAUAAAGCUGAAAAAGUUGAAAGGACACAGUACAUGCACAAGAGUCAACAGCACACAACACAGACGUGUGUACGUCUACAUAUUUCAUCAAGAUUUCAGUGGGAUAUCAACAGCGUAUACUAACGUCAAAUUCAACUUUGUUCCUCUUCUGGUGUUCGAAAGGAAAGCCGCUUUAUUCCUAAAGAAGAGUCCUCGCACGAAAAGUUUUGAAUUUGAUAAAAUUGUUAUAGUUCAUUCAAUAGCUUACUGUUUAAUUUGAUCAGUACAAAGCUACGUAGGUUUAGUCAAAGAUACAUAUUUAGAUAAUUUUCGUUUCCUGUUAUACUUGGCUUUCAUAAGAAAAAAACUCGACUCAAAGGCAUUGAUAUACUUAUACAUUCGUGAACAAAUAUUUAUUUAUUGUUGGUCGAUAAAGUUCUUGCUGAAUCGUUUUGAAAUCGAGAAAGAUUACAACGCAUCAACAGUGAACAGGGACAGCUGGGAAUAAGCAAAACAUCGAAUUUUUAUGGAAAAACCCUGUUCGAAGUAAAUGACUUAUCUUUGACACACCAACUUUGUAAAAGUGUUUAUUCCUACUUCAUAAACGUUUUGCCAAAUCACUUCCUUCGGCAUUUAUUGAAUCGACCUUUGUCUGCCAUUGAUAGUGUGAUAAGCCAAUUUUUACAAUAUAGUUGAAAGAGAAGUCCUGAAGAAGAAGGAAAGAGGAAGAAAACAAGAGAGUAUCGAAAGUAUGCCAUUCAUGCCUUGAUGGAUAUAGACAAGAAAAACGAAAGAAAUUAGAUUUUUCUGCAGUAGCUGUAAGAGCUUUUAAUUGGAACUAUAGCAUUGUUCAGAGAAAGUCAUUCGUAUAGACAGUCGACACAACUUUUACUCCAACAUCCAAAGAUACAUACGAAAACUCCAUUUCAAUUUCACUCCGAGAUCAUUUCAAGUAAAGAAAGAGCAUAUUUCAAAAGACACUCAAAAUGAGUUUCACAAAGUUUUAUUCCAUGUUAACGCGAGCGAAAAGCAUAACAAAUCAAGCAACUGAAACAGCUCUGAAUCGCUGCCUUCACGUGUUCGACCUGACAUUCCUUGGGGUGGGUGCAACUGUUGGUGCUGGUUUGUACGUGGUUACCGGUCAGGUUGCUAAAGAUCAAGCAGGCCCUGGUAUUGUUCUUUCAUUCCUAAUUGCAGCCGCAGCAUCAAUGUUGGCCGGCCUGUGUUACGCUGAGUUUGGAUGUCGGUUGUCAAAAGCUGGUUCAGCUUACGCUUAUACUUAUGCAACGCUUGGCGAGUUUUGGGGUUUCGUUAUUGGCUGGAAUAUGAUUCUUGAAUACAUAAUUGGAAACGCUUCGCUUUCCCGAGGACUAAGUAACUACAUUGAUUCUAUAUUUGGAGGAGCUAUCAAGGAUUUCAUAAAAGCGAAUCUUGGCUCGUGGCACGUGAGUGGUAUAGGCUCGUACCCAGACUUCCUAGCAUUGCUCAUGCCUCUUCUCAUGAUGGUCAUUGUAUGUUCUGGUGCUCAGCACUCAACUGGCUUUAAUAAAGCUGUGACUGUAAUCAAUUUGAUCGUUGUCGCUUUUGUAAUUAGUGUGGGAUUGUGGCAUGCCGACAGUAAAAACUGGCUGCCCCGCGAAAAUUUUGCACCAUAUGGGGCAUCCGGUAUACUUGCUGGAGCUGCCAAUUGCUUCUUUUGUUUCGUUGGUUUUGAUGUCAUAGCGACUGCUGGAGAAGAGACCAUCAAUCCGCGUCGUAAUAUCCCCUUGAGUAUUGUUUUAUCCCUUCUCAUCUCAUUUUUUUGCUAUUUUGGUGUUGCCACAGUUCUCACCAUGAUGGUGCCAUAUGCUGAUUUGAAAGAUGAAGCACCUUUGGCAAAAGCAUUUGGUGACCACGCUUUUAAGGCUUCCCAAUACAUUAUCACAGCCGGUGGAAUUGCUGCCCUCUUUGGUGCACUUCUCGGAGGUACAUUUGCCGUGCCAAGGAUCAUCUACGCCAUGGCAAAAGAUGGCUUGCUCUUCUCAUAUUUCUCGAAAGUCAGUGAAAGGACGAUCACUCCAGUUCGUGCCAUUAUAGCGGCCAGUAUAUUGGCUGCAUUGAUUGCUCUGAUCUUUGACUUGAAACAACUCGUUGAAAUGUUGAGCAUUGGAACAUUAAUGGCGUACACUAUGGUUGCCGUAUCCGUCAUAGCACUUCGAUUUCAACCUGGUGUUCCGAGCAUCUAUGAUCCGGGACAUGACGCGUCAACAAAUGGCGUAUUUUGCUGUAAAACCAACCAAGAUGCCUUCCGGGACUAUGUAAAGUUAGAUACAUCAAGUAUCACGUCUUCAAAUCCAAAUUCAACAAUGGACACUGUGAGCACAAAGAUCACUGAUGACGCUCCAGAUGUGCAAUCUAGUUUCCUAGCAACUGCAUCACUCGCCUUAAUUGUCUUCGGUAUGGGCGGGGUCAGCGCAGUAUUUAUUGGUGCUUGGGGCAACCUGCGCGGAGAGGAUCCUUGGGCUAUAACGACUCUAAUCCUUAGCAGUCUUGUCAUAAUUAUUGGUGUUGUUAUAAUGGUUUUACAACCCACCAAUGGGGCAAAGUUUCCUUUCAUGGUACCAUGUGUACCAGUAUUACCAUUGACAAGUAUAAUGGUGAAUAUCUUCCUACUGCUCAAGUUAUCCUAUUUGACAUGGGUUCGGUUUGCCAUCUGGCUAACAAUAGGUUUGAUUAUCUAUUUUGUUUAUGGUAUACACAACAGUGUGGAAGGUAAAACUACCAACGAUAAAAAGGGUGAUGAAAUCAAAUUGAUAAUGCCCGCACCUCCCGAUCAACUCUAUGAUAUGAAGCAGGUCCAACCUGAAGCAAAGAAGGAAAGAAUUGAAGACGACUUUAUUGAUACUGCUGACAAAGAUGAACCAAGAUAUGUUGAGCAUUGAGGAAGAACGCCUAUGGGGAAUACUUCGUGAUGAACAGUAGAAAUACAAAUACAGCAAAAUUUAAAAGUAAAAAGUAAAAUAAAGAUUAAUGAAAUAUUGAUGAGAAAAUAAUGCAUACUUCCAUUUUUGUUAAGUUCGUAACGCAGACUCCAUGCUUGUUUGUAAAUAAAUAAUAGAUAGCGUUGGAUAACGAGGAAUGUUUUGCAUUGCUGUCCUUUGUUCUAUGAAAAGUUUGAGAACGGUUUUUAAAAAUUGAACAUGAACAUCAAAGACUUUUAGAUAUAUUUAUUUGAUUCUUUCGUAGAGCAAAAUAUCAAGUGAUUGCUUUUUUGCAACAACUUUCUCUUGAAAUGUCUUCAUUGACAUGGAACGUAAAUUAUUGAAAUUACCCAAUUGAAAAAUGUCAAAAAUUUGAUUACACGACAUUAUGCAAGACAUUCCCUUUGUUUUAAAAUACGUCGAAGAAUAUGUAAGGCAUUUUUUGUUAAAAAAAAUUCAAUGCUCAUUUGCCUAAAGGUUCAUUAUAUUAAAGCCACUUUGCAUUCA